AGGACAGAGGCCGAGCGCACCUUCCUGCACAUGGGCCGCACCAUGAAGGAGGACCUGGAGGCCGUGGUGCAGCGCCUCAAGCCGCUCUUCCCCGCCGAGUUCCACGUGGUGGCGGCCUACGCCGAGAGCUACCACCAGCACUUCGCCGCCCACAUGGCCGCCAUGGCGACGCGCCAGCUGGACAAGCGGGACACCUACAUGCUGCUGGUCUGGGUGCAGAACCUCUACCCCAAUGAUGUCAUCAAAAGCCCCAAACUAGCCCAUGAGCUGCAGGGCAUCGAACUGGGGAGCCUCCUGCCCGCCAAAGAGAUCCAGCGGCUAGAGGCCACAUUCCUGACCAAACAAGUGGCCAGUGCGAAGGAGCUGAUGGCCAAGGCCCUCAAGGAGGAGCUGCAGCACUGGGAUGAUGACGUGCAGCCCCAGCAGCUGGACGGCCACUAUCACAAUGAGCUCACCAUUGACGUCAUGCAGAUCAUCUCCCAGAGCCUGGACAUGGCGGAGGAAAUCACUGCAGACCUUGGUGAGCAGAUGACACGGCCGUUACUGACAGAGCUGGCUGCCUUCCUCAGGAGCUACCUAAGUGCCUUUAUGAAAUUUCUGGAGAACGGUGAAAAGAAGAGAAACUACAGGGCCAAUGUCAUCGCCAACAUCAACAACUGCCUGUUCUUCCGGACGUCCAUGGUGCAGAGGUGGCAGAGCCUACAGGACACCCACAGCCACGUGCUACACCCCCUGGACGAGCUCAAGGCCCGCGGCUAUGAUGCUCUGCUCCAGAGCCUGUUAUUAAACUUGAAGCCUCUGUUCGAGAGAUUCACACAGACGCAAUGGGAGGCCUCAGAAGAGAUCCUGGAGGAAAUCCUCGCCAUGGUAGCCGAGAGCCUGCCUGAGUUCACAGGACUGCAAGGCUGUCUCCGGGAGGAGCUCGUGGGGGUCGUGCACCUUCACCUGGUGAAGGAGUACAUCGUCCAACUGAGCAAGCGACGCCUGGUCCUCAAGACCCCAGAGCAGCAGCAGCUCCUGGCACAACGCGUCCUCAACAAUGCCGACCACAUUCAGAGCUUCUGUGCUGAGAAAGGCUCCAAGGCAACCUGGCUGGACCCUGCCCUCCCCAAGCUGGCUGAGAUCAUCCGCCUGCAAGACCCCAGCGCCAUCAAGAUUGAGGUGGCCGCUUAUGCGACCUUGUUCCCUGACUUCAGCAAAGACCACCUGAGCGCCAUCCUGGCCAUCAAGGGGCAUCUGUCCAGUGAUGAAGUCUGGAGCAUCCAGAGCAUCCUUGACCUCAGCACCACCGGGCUGCGGGAUCCCGCCCACUCCUUGUUUUCACUCAUCAAGGUUGGUUAG